CCCAAGCCCCAGAGGAAAAUGCAGGGCCUGUACCAGGCUGCUGGCUGGGUUCUCAUUACGCUGGGGGCUCUCAGUGUUUUCUCUGGAGUGAUUGCUUUCUUCCCAGUCUUUUCUUACAAGCUUUGGUUCACGGGAUGGAGUGUCUGGAUUGCUUGUCCCAUCUGGAAUGGAGCUUUGAAUCAAGCCAACCUCUUGACUACAGAUGGUUCUGUUUUUAUCCAUGGGAGUUUUAUGGCCAUCACAGCUGGUGUACUCCUGCUGGUGGCUCACAAAGACUGGAACCAGAGAUACUUGUGGGAAGCUAGUUUCACCUUUGUGAUUCUGAACCUUAUGGGAAGCCCACUUCAUUUUGCGGUAGCCUUGGAAUCGGCUCUCCUCGGCCCAUAUUGCUUCUAUUCAUUUUCAGGGGUGGCAGGCACCAGUUACCUUGGUUAUGCAGUUGCCUUUCCUUUUCCAUAUGCAAAAUUCCCAUCAGUUUGUGUGGACCCACCACACUAUGAAGAGUACCACCUGACACUUCAAGCCUUUGAUCUGGGCUUGAGCUUUGCUAUGCUCUGUGCAUCCCUGACAGUGUUCCUCAAGCUUUGUAUAAGGCUUGUCUGCAAUGGACACAUAAAUGGUCAAAAGAAUGGAUAAUAAAUUUGAAGCAAUGUUCCUUUUAAACUUGUUGUAUUUGUGGCCAUUAUUUUGAAAUAUUUGCCAAAUAAUUUUGAUCUUUAAA